AUGCCAGAAUUUGCAAAUCAUAUAAGAGCCAGCUUUGAGCCCAGCGAUACAAAACUAUUAACGACGUCUCCCACAUCCAAGUUGUUGGUAGAGUCACCAACAUUGGCCAGCUCUCUAUCGCAGAUUUUCCCUUUCUUACUAUUGAUUGACAAUUUCUUGGAGACAAUUACUUGGACCAACGAUGACCAUUAUCGAAAUUUCCUUAUAAUGACGCUUUACACUUGUGUGGUGAUGUAUUGGAAUAUUGUGUCUCAGUUUUUUUUGCCAAUCAUUCUGGUACUCAUUUUUUCAUUCUUUGUUUGGCUGAUUAGCUCAGUGGUUUAUGACUCCAAGUAUGAGGAAAAACCAACGAUUGAAGAGGUUCUUUAUACAUUGCACAACAUCACAGUUCGGUCGGAGAUGAUUUUGCGACCAAUCAAGAAAUUCCCAUUCACUGCAAAGAAUUUCAAAAGACUAUUCAUUGUCACUACUUUAUUAACACCCUUACAAUGGGUAUUGGUGAAAACGGUGCUCCCUCCCCAAAAGUUUUUAUUAAUUGCAGGAAUAUUUGUGUUUUCAUUUAAUAGUCCACAUGCUGUGGCCAUUAGAAAACUCUUGUGGCGGUCAUUAUACUUGAGAGUCUUGGUAAUAUACAUAACGGGAGUCAAUUUCAAAGUCAAUAGAGCAUUUGAAAGUCAAGAAGCACUGGUUAUCUCAUCUUCCUCUGCAAGCGAAGGAGACGAAUCUGAGAUUUUAACCCCGGUGUUGUCGAAUUUCAAAGUUGUAAAGAAAAAAAUGAUCUCGCCAACUCGCUUGAAACAAUCUGUUGUUUUCGAGGUGUUGGAAAAUGAGCGGAGAUGGUUCGGUAUUGGAUGGUCAUCGAUGUUGUAUCCGAAUGAGCGUCCGAAUUUCUGUUUUGAAAAGACAAUGGAAGUUGCGCCAUCUAUAACCACAGAGCCAGAUGACUUUCCGUUCCCAGUUUUUGAAAACGAUGUUUACUCAUACCAGUGGAACUGGUCCGAUGAAUCUUGGAAAGUUGACCAAGAAUUUAAUAGAUCAAAGUCGAUCGAAGGAUGGGUUUACUAUGACAACAGCUGGGAGCACCCACGGUAUCAAGACGGGUUCAGCAAAUAUACGCGAUCUAGAAAAUGGGCACGAAAAGCUACAUUGGUGAUAGACAAGUAUAGAACUGUAUACGAUGAGUAA